AUGCAGACUGCUUCUACAAACAUUUGUGAAAGAAUGGGUCGCUCUCAGGAGUUCAGUCAAUUCAAGUGUGGUCCCGUGAUAGGUUGUCACCUGUGCAAUAAGUCCAUCCAUGUCAUUUCCUGGCUACUAAAUAUUCCACGCUCAACUGUUAGUGGGAUUAUAACAAAGUGGAAGCAACUGGGAACAACAGCAACUCAGCCACAAAUGACAGAGCAGGGUCAGCACACGCUGAAGCGCACAGUGCAUAGAAGUUGCCAAUGGUCUGCAGAGUCAAUAGCUAAAGACCUCCAAACUUGUUCCAGUGAAGGGAACUGUAAAGGCAUCAGCAUACCAAGACAUUUUGGA